AUGGGGGAGAGAAAAUGGCAAGAGCUGGGUUUGAGGUGCAGAAUAUAAGUAUAGAAGUCAAACUAUUCUCUUUCACAGCUUUGCCUCAGCAUUUUGGUUGUUUUUAUUGCUGGGGACUGAAAUAGGCUUUAAAGAAAAGAGUGAAGAUGUGCAGAUUCCAAAUCUAGACAGCAGCCCCAUCAUAGGCACCAACCCAGGGUCUAAAGACAGUCAAAGCAAAAUUCCUUUGAUGUGCUCCGAGAGCCUGCAGGCAAAAUAGUAACUCAGCAAGGGGUUGGAAUGCAAGUGGCAUGGAAUGAAAACGUGUUUUCUUGUUACAGGGUAGAAGAAGGGAGGGAAAGACAAACCUCACCAAUUAAAGAAAUCCUUGGAUGGAAAGGAUUGGAACAUUGGGAAUGGAAGUCCGCAUUAGCGGAGUAGUAUGUUCUGAAGGCAUUUGAGCAGAUGAAAACCUGAUACACGGGACAUAAAACCUGAGGAAGAUUAUUUCAUGGGUACGGUAGAAACGGUGUCGGAGAGAGUAAAUUGGGCAAGGGAGAAGAACGGCGGAGAGGGAGAGGGAAGUGCUGCUGAACUUAUUUCAAAGAAGAAGAAGAAGAAAAUGGUCUCUUGUUUUUCAUUAAAUAAUAGAUACUCUCCAGGCCAGAGUCGCGGCUGAUUCUGUUUUGCGCUCAGUGGAGGAAAAACCAAACCAAACCAAAAAACAAAACGGGAAAAGAUGAGCGUUUCCGUUUCCUCCUCCCUUCCUCCAACCGAGGUCUUCCUUCAGCCCCAGGGCCCGCGAGGGGGAGGCCUUUUUCCUCAGCUGCCCGAGACUUGCGUCCUUCCGGGGCCCGGAGCAGCCCGAGUUGCGUUUGGUCCCGAGAUUGGACAGACAGGGAAGCUGGUUCAGCCUCUCUCUCCCUGGUUUUCUCUCUCCCUGGUUUUCUCUCUCCGCUUCCCUCCGCUCCUCUUCUCAGCGGGCACUUGCUCUCUCGCGUAUCUCCGAACCCAGCGGUUCGGAGCAAGGGCCGUUGAUACUUCUGGGGGAUUGGGAGGCUUCCAAGUGGUACCCCAAUCCUUCCUCUACAAGGAACCGUGUCUUUAUGAGCGGAGAGUGAUUUCGAUGGCCGAGGACCCUUGUCCUGCAUCCCGCGGAGCCGACCCAGGACCGCUGGGUGGGCGGCGCUCUAGCCCUGGACGCGCUGUCUCCGGAGCCUUCCAGGAGGAGGCUGGGGCACCACCCGCCGCUGGGAAAAUUAUGGCUCCUGCCUUGUAUAGAGGAGAUCUUGGUCGGGCUGUGGUCCACGCAGAUCGUCCUGGGAUUCUGUUCCUCCAAGUGAAAGAUUCCAUUUCAGUGUCAUCAGUAUUGGGGAAGCAGACCACUACUUUCUUGAGUUAAUCAGUUCUUGGAUGAAUUUGCAGUGGAAAUUUCAGCUAUUCUGGGCCCUACUUCGGUGAAGAUAUUUUGGGGAUGUUGAAGAAUGGGUGCUUCUUCCAUCACAUGAUGCAGGCUCCUUCUUUCUGUCUUCCAUCUUCUGGGUAAGUCAAUUCAUUCUGUGCCCACUUGCAUGCAAAUCAUACAACAGUGAACAAAUUUAUUC